GGAAGCCGUCUCUGGCAGGGGGAGCUCAGCACCACCCCCAAAGCAGCACUGCAGGGAUAGGCCACAUCAUGGCUGAAGCCACUGCUCCCAAUGAGAGGCACUCGGUAGGGUUUCAGUGGGAGGUGACAGCCCUGGCAUGAACACUGCGUCCACCUCCGUCCCUGAAGAUGAUGGAGAAGUUGGGGACAGAUGUGGCAUCUCCCCCUGAAGACAGUGCAGAGGAGGAGAACACGCGUGGUGUGGAACUGAGUGGGGUGAAAGAGGGGGCGGCCCCCAGCUCCCCCCCUCCAGCUGUGCCGGUGAUUGAGCUUCUCAGGAGGGGGGAGGGAUCCGGCAAUAUAAAGGCCAGAGAGCAGGAGCUCAGACUCCAAAACGUCAGGACCACCGAGCUGUGCAGAGCCCCCCUGACACCAACUACAGAGCUCUGCAGAACCUCAUUGACCCCAACUACAGAGCUGUGCAGAACCCACCUGACACCCACUACAGAGCUGUGCAGAGCCCCCCUGACACCAUCAACCGAGCUGUGCAGAGCCCCCCUGACACCAAAUACAGAGCUCUACAGGACCCCACUCACUCCAGUCACCGAGCUGUGCAGAGCCCCCCUCUCAGUGACCGGAGCCCCUAUUACUGCCACCACUGAGCUGUGCAGACCACCUAUACCACUGCCUGUGAUCGGACUCCCUACUGAGCAAUCUGCAGAAGGACGAAUGGUGCAGCUGAGCCCCCCUGCUUCCCUGCCCCUGCAGCCGGCUGGGAGAGCCAUGCUAUACGGGCUGAACCAAUCCUUGGUACCUGGAAACAGUGCCUAUUUUAGUGAUUCGGACUCAUUCCCAAUGUACAACAAUAAUUCCAGAAGCAAAAGGCGAUCUGGUCCUUAUGAAGUGGAGGUAACUGAAGGAGGUCCUCAUACAAAAGUGGUCCGUCGUAUUUUCACCAACAGCCGGGAGCGAUGGAGGCAGCAGAAUGUUAAUGGGGCUUUUGCUGAACUUCGCAAGUUGAUUCCAACUCACCCACCAGAUAAAAAACUUAGUAAGAAUGAAAUCCUACGACUCGCCAUGAAAUACAUCAACUUCUUGGCUAAACUUCUUGAUGACCAAGAGGAGGACGGCAACCAAAGAAACAAAGUGAGCAAAGAUAAUGGUAUGGUCCAACAAGACCUUCUACAGGAAAUGCUCUCCCCAAACUCUAGCUGUGGAAGCUCUUUAGAUGGGGUGCCAAGCCCUGAUAGCUUCUCAGAGGAGCAUGAUGCAUUGGACUCCAAACAUAGCAGAAUCCUUCACCAGUCCAUCCUUCCAGUAGAAAGCAAUGGACAACGAUGACAAAUUAAAGCAGGACUUGGGAAUUAACUGUCGCCCAUUGGGGAUGGACCAUUAACUUCAUGAUUUAGCACUGUUGGAAUGGUGGAAGCUCUCUAUGCUGGUACUCUAAAACUAAGAGAACUCCAUCCUUCCUAAAGUACAAACUUUCUACACUGAAAAUUAAUCAAAAGUGAAAGGAAUUUUGUUUUUAAAUGUAAGAUGUAUUCUAUUCCACUUGUUUCCUACUUAUGGGCUUUUUGAAACAUAAACAGAUAUGUAGCAAUUGAAUUACAAUCAGUAUUUUGGAAAAGAUACUAAUAGGAGACGAAUCAUGAGUGGUAUAUAUAUCCCUAGUAAUCACAGCUCCAUAUAGGGGCCUGGAACCUGCUAUGGGAUCAUUCUUAUUGGUACCUGUUAUGAAGAAGGUACACUACAUACAUUCGUACAAGAUUGGUCAAGGUCACGUCAGUAUUAUUUAUAAUAGAAGGAUAGUUUUAUCAUAUGAUCAUUUGCAACAAGGACCGUGGAUAACAAUAACUGAUUUAUAUUGUAACAUUUUUUUAUAUAUAUAUAUUUUAAUGCUUCAUAGUAGCUAAAGGGUGUGCUUGCUGUAACCUAGAAUCUGAAUGUUAUUCAUGGACUUUGUAACUAGCAGAAUUUCGUGUCUUGUUUUUGUACAACAAGUCUUCGGCUUUGUACAUUUGGUAGCAUCUGGAUGUUAAUGGCAAAUACUCCAAUCACGACUGGAUUUGGCUCCCUGCUCAGCCAGUGCCUCCCUCCUAGCCCUUUUAUUUUACAUUUGAUUCUAGUUCAUCACUGCCCCCAUUAGCCUCUAAAGGUUUUUGCUUAUUAUUGUUUGUUCUUCCAGUUUCUCCAUUUGUUUUGCCCAUUCUGUGUUUUCCCCACACCUUUUUUUUUCCUUCUCAAAGGUCCUUAUUGAAAAUGGAAUCUCCCCCUUUAGUUCUUCUCUACGUUCAUCCUCACAAUUAUGUCCCUACCAUAGUACCUGCUUGCUAUUACACAAGUGUGGCCCCUCUUAGAGUCAGCUAUUUUUCUUUAGUCUUACUGUUUAGGCAGCACAUUUUGGGCAGAAAAGCUCACAGCUGGGUAUUUCCUCUGCUCAUCACAUUUGCCCCCCGAUGACUAUAACAUUGUUAAUAGAAAUUCUACAGUAACAAGCAAACAGCCUGUGUUGGGAUGUGAUUUCAUCCUAUAGGCAGACAAAUGCUUGGAAUUACUCAUUUUACUCUAAUGUUACUCUAAUGCUACACAUGAUUUUAUAGUCCCCAAACUAUUUUAACUUUUGAAAACUUUCUAGUUCACUGUUUAUUAACAAUUUUGCAGCAGUUGUGUGUCUUUUUUCAUGGCUUCAUAAUUGCAAGUUAAUGUACAAUGCUAUGAUUCAGUUAUUUCCUCUGCUUAGGAACGUUUGGUACAAUUAUCUAUGGCCAGGUGCAUCUUAAUUUCUUGUAUCCCUUUAAAUUGGCCAGCAAAUUAUUUGUUUACCAGAUUUGUAUGUGCCUCAUCUUUAUUUUUAAAUAGAUGCCUUGCUUUUACUCUGAAAAAGGGUUAAAUAUAAAGUUAAAGUUAUGCUCCUAUGUCACUCCAGAUUAGGAUAUAACUUGUAAGCAAAUGAGAAGCAUGUAUAUGUGUGUAUGCUCUUAACCACUGUCUAUAUCCUUAUCUGGUGCAGCAUGUGUGUAUGCUCCCAGCCACUGCCUAUAUCUUCAUCUGGUGCAGCAUAUGUGUGUAUGCUCCAAACCACUGUCUAUAUUUUCAUCUGGUGCAGCAUAUGUGUGUAUCCUCUUAACCACUGUCUAUAUCCUCAUCUGGUGCAGCAUAUGUGUGUAUACUCCCAACCACUGUCUAUAUCUUCAUCUGGUGCAGCAUAUGUGUGUAUGCUCUUAACCACUGUCUAUAUCUUCAUCUGGUGCAGCAUAUGUGUGUAUGCUCCCAACCACUGUCUAUAUCUUCAUCUGUUGCAGCAUAUGUGUGUAUGCUCCCAACCACUGUCUAUAUCUUCAUCUGGUGCAGCAUAUGUGUGUAUGCUCCAAACCACUGUCUAUAUUUUCAUCUGGUGCAGCAUAUGUGUGUAUGCUCUUAACCACUGUCUAUAUCCUCAUCUGGUGCAGCAUAUGUGUGCAUGCUCCCAACCAUUGUCUAUAUCUUCAUCUGGAACAGCAUAUGUGUGUAUACUCCCAACCACUGUCUAUAUCUUCAUCUGGUGCAGCAUAUGUGUGUAUGCUCCCAACCACUGUUUAUAUCUUCAUCUGGAACAGCAUAUGUGUGUAUGCUCUCAACCACUGUCUAUAUCUUCAUCUGGAACAGCAUAUGUGUGUAUGCUCUCAACCACUGUUUAUAUCUUCAUCUGGAACAGCAUAUGUGUGUAUGCUCUCAACCACUGUCUAUAUCUUCAUCUGGUGCAGAAUGGGGGUGUUCAAGAAUUGCAACUUUGUCUAAAAUCUUAACUCUUUUAAAGGAGCUAAGCACAGUAAAAGAAGGGAUUUAUUUACAAAAAUCAUAUUUGUAACGAUCUAAUCCAUGUUAUUUUUUCACUAGAAUGGCCCUAAGGUUCUCUCUUUAUAGCUACAAGGUACACGACCAAUGUAUAAAUGACAGCGUCCUAUAAUAAUAUAACUGGUAUAGUAAAACAGUAUAAUGAGAUUAUGUCAAUGCUUGUUAUAAUUGUACUUGUACGUUAUAUUCCAGUUGCUAAGGUUUUUAUUUUUGUUGUUUCUCAAUAAUUUUUUAUUUUUUAUACAAAAUUCUCUUUUAAAUGGAAAAUAAACAUUUCUUGCUUUUGUGUAAAAAAUAUAUAUAUUUUCUCAGACUUUCAGACUUAUUACAGAGCCCAAAAAGCAAAGUAUUGUAUUCAAAGUGUUGCAAAUUGCCUAAUACUGAUUUGAUGCAUUUUGAGGGGACCCUCAGUUACAGAAUGGGCUGUUUGGACUCUCUAGGAAGCAUGGGGCAAGCACAUUUUUUAAACAACAGCAAGAAGUGUUUAAUGUCCCUUUAAGUGACCAUAAAUUAUAGUAGAAUUGCAUAACUGACAAAAUAAAAAAAAUAAAAAUUUUACUAGCAAAUUUCAAAGAUAUUCCAUUUUCCCUCCGCUUGUAUCAUGUGAUAGCCGUCAGCCAAUCACAAAACACAUUUACAUAUAUAACCUUAGUUCCAGCUACACGAGAAAAGGCACCAAACAUGGCCAGACUGUGGUUAUGUGCCAAUUACAUGGGAACUCUUUCACUGCUCACUCCCCCACCUAUAUGAUCUCUCUGUACCAAAAUCAUAUUGUCAUUGCCCUUAAAGAAAGGGAAUCUGUCAAUGUACUCAUCCUUAUGGCAUAUGUACAGUCUACAUUUCUACCCAAUAGCAUAAGCAUGCUCAUUUCACAAUGUCCCCUCUUUUUCGUUAUUUUUAUUUGGGAUUUCUUUGUUUAUAAAUCUGGUACAUUAUUUUGCCCACAGCUCAUAAUAAGAUGAAUUAUAAAUAAACACAAUUAUAUUGCAGUUUCACACAUGGCAAAACAUCUCCAAAGAUUAAAAUACACAGUUUGUCUUUACUCAGUAAAAUAUAAUAAAGAAAUCUGUUAUUACAAUGAAUCAGUAGCUAGUUUCUCAGGUUGGCUUUUGGUACCAUUAAUUAACAUUUUUUUCCCAUUACAUCUUGUUUUGUCCUAGAGCUAAAAAACCCCAAAACAAAUAAAUUUUAUGUGGAAAUGGUUAAAAUGAUGUUAUAUUUUGUCUGUCAGCUUUAUGCUGUUACAUUGUAUCUGGUGGGCAAGUUAUUUUCAUUUUUAUAGAUACACCUUAUUUCUGCUUCUGGAGAACAAUUGUUUUUGUUGUUUCAUUUGUGUAGCUUGGAGAUGUAACAUUAUUUAUUACUGUUUAGUGCUAUAAAAAGGGGGACAGAGGCUUAACAGGUCACACACACUCUGGAAUACAUUUCCUGGUCUUCCAGCUAUACAUAUGGCCAUUAAAGCAUGUGCUUUCCUUAUUGAUGCUGGUGCUGUAUAAUUAUUAUCUGCUUGUCCUCCUAGCCCCUAUCAGCUUGUGUCCGGCAGGACCUGUGCUCCCCUCCAGGCCACUUAAAGGUACAGGGCUACUGUCUGAUAGUGACUAGAAGGGUACAGAUAACGUUCUCAUACUUUUCUGCUUGUGCUCUAGAUGUAAAUGACAGCACUUUUAUUACAUGUUGUACUGUUGAAGUAAGUCUUCAGUUUGCUUUCUGCAUUAUCUGCAGAACUUAACCAGGCCUGGUACAUGUUUAACUCUCCCUCUGCUUCACCAACAGUGGAAGGGUUAACUUUGUAAAGCCUUUUAGGCAAGAAAGUCUACGUGAUUAUUAAAAACACAUUUGUUAUAAUAUAUCUAAUGUAAUAUUCAGGACAUUCCUAAAUAAAAGUUGUACAAUCUGACUUAA